GGGGGGGGGGUGCGGGGCUGAUUGGUUGCAGUCAGGUUCGGCGUGGAAGUUAUACCGUCAGUCCUGAGCUGUAGGAAUAGUGGUUGGGGAAUCUAGGUGGAGUACUGGAGGAAGAGCCGUGAAAAUGCCUUAUGUCCUCAUCAGUACCCAGAUCCGGCUGGAAACUGGACCCACGAUUGUGGGAGAUGAGAACUCGGAUGUGAAUCUCAUGAACUAUCUUGGAGCUGAGAAAACCAUUGUAUUAGGAAAUAACUUCUCAGAAUAUCGGGUGAAAUACCCCCCACGGGUGGUGCUGGACAAACUGGAAGUUCUUGGCUACCACGUAAUCAGCAUGACAGGUGUGGGGCAGACCCUAAUCUGGUGUCUACACAAAGCUCAACGUGACCCUUAGAUGAAUGGAACCGUAUCCCUUGCCUCAAUAUCAGAGAUGGAUUAUUUGCAUAUGAAGGGGACGAACUGAACUCCCACUCGUGCUGUUCAGGGAUUUGUGUUUAGAAACAUUAUCAGAAAUAUUCAGACUCUAGAUUCAUUGAUGUCUCCAUUCUUUUUAUUUCUCCCCUCCUCGCCAUUAGUUGUUCUCUCCUGCUUGGUGGGGAGCAAUCAGUGCUGUAAAACCUCCCCCUCACCUAAACCUCGUCAGUGAGUCUAGAUGGCAUAUGUCAGUAGGAUUAUUGAGAAGCAUCACCACUACCCCCAACCAUCCUCCAACACUCAAUGCAUAAGGACCAUGGGCUUGAGUGGGAGCAGAGCUUGGGACUGAUUUCUUUCCCUCCGCCCCCAACCUUCUGAUCUUGGCUGCUGCGAUUAACAGUAGUCAUCCAACUGGGUGAGAUCAGCUGGCUCAGGACAGUGACUAAUCACAAGGUAUCCAAUUAGUUCUUAUCACACUGAAAGGUACAAUUAACCUACCCACAAUGUGCUGGACUAUUUAGUUUUAAAGUUGUGGUGCUACAUUAAUGAGACCCCAACUUCCAACCCCAUUGUUGGAAAUGUGAUGUUUGGUACAUUAACAGAACAUGCAGUCUCCGACCAGCCUUGCCUCAACAUAACACACCCAGUGGCUCACUAGAAAAGACUAAGUAAUGGUACUAAGUCCCUUGCUCUCUGAUUUUGUUGACCUAUGUCAAGGACAGGAAAAAAAACAAGAGUUUCCACUCCUGCUCACAAGCCACAGUGGGAAUGCAGUUAAUGUUGCAGAGCAGGAGAGGAAUAGAUUAUGCUGAUGCCUUUGACUGUUUAAGUACAAUGUAAAUAAUAAUUAGUGCACUUCAAAAUAAUUACUUGAGGCUCUUUUCAAAGUGAUGUGAUAAUGUGAGUUGUGUUUCCUCUUUUCUACUGAUAUUCACUGUCCAAUUUCACAUUGGAAUAAUGGUCACUUCAGUAAUUGUCUAAUAAAUGAUUGAUGGCUUA